CUCUGGGUCCUGAAUCUGACUGGCUCAUUCUGGAAGCUUCCACACAGCCACAGUUGGACCCCAAACCUGAGAGGAUGGCUUCAGAUGGAGCAUCUCCAUUGCCAGGACCGGAUAUGACCUUGAAACCCGGUGCCACCCUGUCUUCUUUGACUGCACUUCCCUUUCCCCAACCUGCUUCUGACCCACCAGACCAGCCACUCUGGGAGCAGCCUCCCAUUCCUUCGGCAUUCUCUCCAGGCAACCCUCUGGUGCUCUCUGCUCUCCCCAGCCCAUUGCUGGUGACAGGGGAUGGGGAACCUGGCCCCACUGGGGCUGGAGUCAUUGUCAAAGUCAAGACAGAAGUGGGGCCCGCUGAGCCCUCUCAAACUCAAAACUUUAUCCUUACUCAGCCAGCCCUCAACUGGAUUGCCUCAAGCAAUCCCUGCGGGGACCCCGAGGGUCCUCCCCCUCAAUUCAUGACAGCUGCUAACAUGAAGGCCCUUCUGCCCACUAAGGCUGUUGGGGUCAGCCAGGAAGGCUUCCUGGGCCUUCCUGCUCAGGCUCCACCACCAGCUGCCCAACUCGCCCCCAUUGUGUCCCCUGAGAAGGCUUGGCCAGAGCCACAUGGGGCAACCAGAGAAGGAGGUCCUUUGGCCACCCAAUCCAAGCCCUCACUGGGUGACCUCUCCUAUACCUCCAAAGGUGUGUAUGAGAACUUCCAACGCUGGCAGCGCUACAAAGCCUUGGCUCGGAAGCACUUAUCUCAAAGUCCUGAUGUGGAAGCCCUUUCCUGUUUUCUUAUCCCUGUGCUUCGCUCUCUGGCUCGGCUGAAGCCCACAAUGACCCUGGAGGAGGGACUGCCAAGGGCUGUGCAGGAGUGGGAACAUACCAGCAACUUUGACCGGAUGAUCUUCUAUGAGAUGGCAGAAAAGUUCAUGGAGUUUGAGGCUGAGGAGGAGAUGCAGAUUCAGAACACAAAGCUGAUGAAUGGGUCCUCAGGCCUGCCUCCGGCUGCCCCUCUGAAACUUGAUCCUCCAGGGCUCCUGGCCCCUGAGGUUGGCCAGCAGCCAGUGUACAUGCCCAAAAAGGUGCCUUCCAAGGCCCGGGCCCCCCGCCGGCGGCAGCGCAAAACCCAGAGGCCUCCGAUUCCUGAGGCACCCAAGGAGAUUCCACCAGAAGCCGUGAAGGAGUAUGCAGACAUCAUGGAAGGGCUCGUGGGGAGUCACUUGGCCACCGGGGAGUCAGAUGGAAAACAGGAAGAGGAAGAGCAGCAGCAGGAGGAGGAAGGGAUGUAUCCAGAUCCAGGCCUCCUGAGCUACAUGGAUGAGCUUUGUUCUCAGGAGGUCUUUGUCUCCAAGGUGGAGGCUGUCAUUCAUCCACGAUUUCUGGCAGAUCUGCUGUCCCCAGAACAGCAGAGGGAUCCGUUGGCCUUAAUUGACGAGCUGGAACAAGAAGAGGGACUGAGUCUUGCCCAGCUGGUCCAGAAGAGACUCCUGGCCUUGGAAGAGGAGGAUGCAGAGGCAUCUCCUACUUGUAGUGGAGCUCAAUCAGACUCCAGUCCUUCCAUUUCUGAUGAGGAUGAAGAUGGAGGUGGGCGGCUUCGGCCCUCACCUGGGCCUCGGGUGGCCGGGAGGAGCAUGGUUCGCGUUGGAAAGGCUGCUUUCCCAGCCAGGAGGGCCCGGGAAGUGCGUGGUGGGCAGGAGCGGACCCUAGAUGGCCUGAGGGCGAUGCACAGAAACGGGAGUGCUAUGCCACCUCCCAGUAGCUGGGCCCUGCAGCUAGAACUUCCAGCUGCACAGGGAACUCGAGGGUCCUUCAAUGUGGAGAGAAGAGGGCCUGGGAAGGUGACAGAUCAAAUAUGCCCACAUCAGGAUGACCACCUAGGAGAUGCCAGGUCUCCCGGACACUCCCUGGUAGCAGACAGCACUUCUGACACUCCACCCCUUUGUUGGCAGGAAGGCCCCCAGCUUGAGAUGGUUCCCAGUUUGGAUGUUGGACUUGCAGAGCUGGCUCCUCUGCAAGAACAGGAGUUAGAAAAGCAGGUCCUGGGGUUGCAGACAGGACAGCAGUUAGGGGGCCUGGGAGUGCUUCCUCAAGGGGAGCAGCUGUUAGCAGUGCCACAGGAAGGCUCUUCAGGAGCCAUGUGGGGAGAUGCCAGAGGUCCUUCUGUGGUUCAGAGUUAUGAUCAGAGCCCUUCCUCUAGGGAAGCUGGGGACGGGGAUGGGGACAGAGCCUCUCUCAGCCCAGGACUUUGGCUGAGCAGUGAGCUGGAAGCCGUGGGCUUGGAGUUGCCCUUACAAAUUGAGGAGGUUAUAGAGAACUUCCAUGUGAAUUCCACUUCCAGGGAAUGUGUCGCUGAGCAUCAGGGAGGCUACCAGGUGCUGGGCUCCAGAGGCAACAUUUCUCUGGGUCCUGAAGAAACCAUAGCACCUGGGGAAGGGGGGAGCAGUGCAGUCCCCAGUGGAGGCACGGACAGCACAGCCACUGUGCACAAGAGAAACUAUGAAAGCCUGCCGAGACCUCUGAGGGCCAACAGCCCAUCCUUGAGGCCUAAAGGAAAUGGAGAGCAAAGCCCUGAGGCUACAGGGGAUCCCAGUGAGCUGUGGGCUGAAGGCUGCCCCUCGUUGCUGGAUAGUAGGAUCAGCGCCCCCACACUGGGGGCUCCCAAAGAAACCCUUCAGACUGCAUGUCAAGGCAAUAUCUUUAUGCUGGGGACCCAGGGUAUCUCCUCCUUCCCCGAGGUCAGCCUAGAGGUGGGGAGUGGGGGCAAUUCCAUCUCUCCUCUGUUGGAAACCAUAGAACAUGUCAACAUACUAGAUAUUAGAGAUGCCUAUGGCCUCCAUCUAGGCGUCAGUGAGGAUACCUGCCUGCCCAAUUUUAAUUCUUAUGACCCCCAAGGAGAGCGCAGGGAGGAUACUGAUGUAUCCAAGCCUGAGGACCUUGCUCCCUUACCAGGGAAUCAAGAGUCUUAUGCAGAUGGGACCCCCAAAUCAACAUCUCCUCACCAGGGCCUUGAAAGCACUUUCUCUAGAUGGGGAGCCAGGGAUGCCUUAGUUCUGAGAGACGCCUCUCCUGUCAGUGAAACAUGCAGCUCAACAGAUGGGGCCAAAGGAAGGGAGGAGGAGCGGGAGGAGAAGGAGGAUGAAGAACUCGCCAGCUUUGCCUACCUUUUGGCUUCUAAACUUAGCCUGUCUCCCAGGGGGCCUCCCUUCAGUCCUCACUCUGCCUCAGGCCCACCGGCCUCCACGGGAGGGCAAGGGGUCCAGAGAGCACCCAACUCCCACUCUGCUGAGGCGAGGGGCCUUGGCCAGCCUCCAUAUCCUGUGGCCAAGUCUGGGAAGAGAACGCUCAGUCCAACUCCUGCUGAAAAGAGCCCCUACCAGGGAGCUGAACUGGGGGUCUCUGGGGAGAAGCCCUUGGCUCUGGAGGUGCCUCCAGCCUCACAGCCCCGUAAGAGGCGGCGUGAUACUUUCGUCACUGGCAGAAGGAAGAAACGACGGCGCAGCCAGUAGGGGACAGCAGGGCCAAAGGAUCCCACCUGCCACUCCCUGGAAGGCGGGGAGGGAGUGGACCCACAAUCCACAGUAGAUUUCACCCUGGCUGUAUACCAACAGGCUGGUUCUCAACCCCACGUUAUUUUGUUGUUCUGCAGAAGUAGUGAGUGUGGGAAGGGAGGUCACACUGGCUAGGCUGAAGGUGGUCCCCUUGGUGGGAGGUGAAGUACCUUUGAAAGAAGUUCUAUGGGGAAAAAGAAUAAAGAUUUUUCUGACUGUUGGAAAA